UUGUUUUAAUGUGUAUGGCCAUUAAGAAAUUUCCACUAACGGAAUCUGCCGCGCUCCAGGUAUCAGCUCUUUUACAAUUUGCUUUUGCAUUUCCAGUCUCGCCUAGGCAUAACCAUACUGCAAGAGCCAUCUUAUUUUUAUCGCAUAUCUAUAUUUAAAAAUGCGUGAAGUAAUAUCAAUACAAAUUGGCCAAGGUGGUAUACAAAUUGGGAAUGCCUGUUGGGAAUUGUAUCUUUUAGAGCAUGGAAUUGAUGUUGAUGGCUCUCUAAAAUGUAAAGAAGAAAAAUCGAGUACGGCAGAUGGAUUGUCCAACGAUUUAAAAACUAAUGAGACGACCAAUGAUUCAAAUACAUUUUUUGCGGAAACUGGAUUGGGGAGGCAUGUACCACGUGCAGUUUUUGUUGACCUCGAACCUACAGUUAUCGAUGACGUUCGCAAUGGUACCCUUAAAAGCCUGUAUCAUCCAGAACAACUAAUUUCGGGUAAGGAAGAUGCAGCUAACAACUAUGCACGUGGGCAUUACACAAUCGGAAAAGAAGCAAUUGAUAAAGUUAUGAAUCGCGUUCAAAAGUCAGCAGAGCAGUGUGAAAGCCUUCAAGGUUUCUUAAUAUUUCACAGUUUGGGUGGGGGAACUGGUUCAGGAUUUACGUCUUUACUUAUGGAACGCCUAAAUGCUGAUUUUAGUAAGAAAUGUAAACUAGAUUUUGCUGUAUAUCCAUCGCCGAGGGUAUCGACAGCAGUCGUGGAGCCCUAUAAUGCAGUCCUUACUACGCAUGCAACUUUAGAGACUUCGGAUUGUGUUUUUAUUGUAGAUAAUGAAGCAAUUUACGAUAUAUGUCAACAUAAUUUGAAUGUCGAUCGACCCAAUUACCGCAACCUUAAUCGACUUAUUGCCCAAAUAGUUAGUUCAACUACAGCUUCUCUACGUUUUAGUGGUUCCAUGAAUGUUGAUCUAAAUGAAUUUCAAACAAAUUUGGUACCUUAUCCACGCAUACACUUUCCACUUGUGGCAUAUGCGCCAUUGGUUUCCUCGUCGAAUGCUUCACAUGAGCACAAUGCUAUAAUGGCGCUUACCAACUCCUGCUUUGAGGCUUCAAACAUGAUGGUUAAAUGUGAUCCACGAGCUGGGAAAUACAUGGCGUGUUGUAUGCUUUACCGCGGAGAUGUUGUUCCAAAAGAUGUAAAUGCAGCUGUAUCGGCUAUUAAAUCUAAACGCCAUAUACAAUUUGUUGACUGGUGUCCAACAGGUUUUAAAAUUGGUAUUAAUUACGAAAAACCAGCUUGCGUACCAGGCGGAGAUUUAGCUGAAACAUCACGCGCAGUGUGUAUGUUAUCAAAUACUACGGCUAUUUCCGUUGCAUUUAGUAAUUUGGACUACAAGUAUGAUCUGAUGUUCAAGAAGCGUGCCUUUGUUCAUUGGUAUGUUGGCGAAGGAAUGGAGGAAGGAGAAUUCACCGAAGCUCGCGAAGAUUUAGCUACAUUGGAACGUGAUUUUGAAGAAGUUGGAGCAGAUGAUCAAGACCAAAGUGAUAGUGGCGAUUAUGAAUUAUAAAACGAUUUUUUGAUAUUAAAUAAAAAAGGUACUAAUUUGCAUGAAUAAAAGGACAUAUUUCCUUAAGUUUUACAUAAUA